AUGAAUAAACGCCGGUCGCUCGAACUCAUCACCCGCAUUCACCUGCAUUUGUUCGCCUCUUUCAGACUGGUUGCUAUGCAAAAGUAUCCGGACAUCGGACCUUGUCCACGUCCCCUGUGCUUCCAGCCACCCCGUUUUGAACUAAUAAGCCUUUCCAAAUCACGAGACUGCAGUACAAUGUUUAAGGAGGAUAGUUUCAAUUCUGCUUCAAUGGAAAACACUUCCACUGUAAAAAGAGCAUCCGCUAAUGAUAACUUUGUACGCCAUGGCUUGGCAGUCCUGUUUGAUAGUGCAGCUGAGAAAAAAGAACAGGACAAGGUUCGAAUAAGGAAACAACUACGUCAUGUUUCACUAGAUAUACUGGCUACCGAGUGGCUAAAUAUGGAACCGAGGACCAUUGAAAGUCGGGCCUAUCUUAUCGGCAAUGUUCUGCCACAAGUUGUGUUCGGAUUGGAGCACAUUUUAAAGGAAGCCGUAGCUAGACGUUUGACUGGACUUGAACAGACGGAACAAGCCAGACUUUCUGAAGGUGCAGAUCCGAAUUUCAAUCCAAUCAAUAGGCUGGCCGAAUUUCUGAUGCGUAACAACCAUAAAUACAGUAAUUUUAGUGAAACCUCGCCGUACGUUCGUGGUUUGCGGAACACAGUCGCACAGCUACAGCAAGAAAUGUUUAUGCGGUCUGACAACCAUUUGGCCAGACUGAAAGCCGCAGCGAUCAAGAGCAAGGAGGAUAAACUUAAGCGUCUGGAAGCCGAGGCAGAGGAACAAAAGCGACGUCGCGACUGCGUAACUGAACUGUUUGACAUGUUUCUGGUCAGAGAAAGGAAGACAGUGGAAGCUGCAGUGAUCCACAACUGUAUCCGCACAUUUGUCGAUCUGGCGGUCCAUUUGCCGGAGCCCUUGAGACAGUCCUUGGUGCCACUGUAUGAGACAAGAAAGGCGGAAGAGACUCCCAUGUCGUAUAAUCAAGAAGAAUUUGUAAAUUACGUUCUCGUAUAUGCAAAAGCACUAUCAACGGAGGUGUUUGAUCAACUGGUGGAACAUAUGAAAUUGUGCGCCAAAGAAUAUGUUUCGGCGCUUCAACGAGAGCAGCGGAGAAACGUUUUCACCAAGCUUUUUGCUUCCUGCAACAUUUCUCAAACCGAUGGUAUUACACGUGAGAGACUGUUGGAGCUGUGCGAUGCCUAUUUUGAAUCUGCACCUGCGGAUGUGAAGGUGCUUCUUCGUGAUCCAAGAGAUUGGCCUAUACAGGACUAUUUCUUACGAGUCAUUCAGCCCGAGCUAGAAAAGUUGGGAAAUUUACAGGCAGAAUCACUCCAAAACAUCGUGCAAGGGGAAGAAAACCAAUUCCUCGGGGACCAGAAUAACUCUGCCUCGUCCUGCCUUUCGGAUGCACCCCAAAUCACGAUGGAAGCCGAAGCAUACAACAGAACGUUGCCUGUUGGAGACGUAACUACGGAUGAGCGAUGUGGCGGGAAAGAUGAUCAGAAUGAUUUUGACCUCUCAGACCAACCGGACGGUAUAAUCUCUUCCUCAGUAACACGAGGACUUGAAGAUUGUCAAUCCUUCCUUGCUGAAAACGUUCUGAGAAACCAGCAUGAGCUAAGUGUUCUUUCAAAGCUCAGGACUUAUCUGACGCUAAUCAAUGGUGCAGAAUACACUUACUCAAGUAGACAAUUCCAGUAUGCGUACAUGCCACAACGACUAACAUUGGCGCAAUUUCUGCGUAUGAUGGAAUGUUUUCUGAACGAUAAUUCACCAGAUGAGGUUGUGCAAAACCUGGUUUCUUAUUUGGAAAAGAACUACACAGAAGCUUCAGAAUGGCAAGAGAACUAUGGCACCAAGUUUAGGGAGAUGAGGUUCGAAGAAGAAUCAAACAAUGUUAUAGAAAGCCUUUUCAAGAUUAUGGACUACAAAUCGACCGGGUUUGUCCACCUUUCAUUGGUUGAACAGUACGUAGCUCACUUUGAAGACGGAUCGUUUCUAGAUUCGCUAGAAUGCGGCAAGCGGAAAAUUCAAACCUUCCAAAGCAAGCAGGCUCAAGAAUAUCCCGUGCGCAAUGAGCAGUUGGACUUUUCGAUCGGAGAUAGAACCUUGGACGAAUCCGGCGCAUACGAAUUAAAUUCUUUCCAAGGGGAAACGCUACCCUCGAUGGAUAAUGGAAAUAAUACAGCAGACACGUUGAUAAACAAGCAGAACCUUCGCAUUCUUCUGAGACAUACUUUCAGUGUGGACCGUGUAGGAGAAAGUCAGAGCAAUGUGGAAACAUUGUCUGCUUUUGCUGACUUUGUCCAGCAACAAAUGAAUGUUAGUCUACAAGAAAAACUCAAAGGUGAUACGAGAAGGCAGUGGUUGGAUGAAAUCACGCACGAGGCCCAAAUCGCACAUUAUUCGAUGGAACCAGUUUAUCGUGCAGUAUUUAAGGCGGUCAUCAGAAAUACGUUAACAUUUAGCGGAAACAAACCGAUCAGUGCAAAAAUUUUCCUGUUCCAAAAGACGCACCCCUCAUCAGGGAAGACAAUGCUUCAAUGUAUGGCUGCUAUCCCGGAUUCAGAGGCCAGUUCGUCUGUGGGCGAGCAUCUACUCGGCACGCAUGCUAAUAUUUGUUUUCAAGUCAUGGACUACGGGUGCCCCAUGUACGAGAAGGUAAAAGUUUCUCAAACGGAACAAGGACAAAGCAACAUAAGUUCAAAACCUGAAACACUGACCUGCAGUGACCAAACAACUCCACAUCAAAAAUUAGGCUUGGCAGUGCCUAUUCCAGGCUCAACGAGAAGAAGCUUGGGUGUGCUCUACAUUCAGCAGCCAUGUGAUGACUACAAACACCUGAUGCUGGAAGAGGACGAACUGUCAUUUUAUCAGGCGAUUGCCUACGAACUAGGGAGUGCUAUUGAUACGGUCAACCUGCACAAGUUCUUCACCCAUACAGUGGUCGCUGCAUUCCACUGGAUCAAUCAGUACUUAGACAGUAUGGAACAGGUGGCAUACUACUGGUGUCUGGAUGAGAAUAAAGCGAAUGCUGUUGGACAAGCAACAAGCACACUCGGUGAUGCCGACGAGGAUGAAAAACAAAAUAUCGAUCAGCAGUCAGUAAAACACCGGAAUUGCGCUUUGGUUAGGUUGGUUACCAAACACCGCAACUCGGUUCCAGUUCUCCAUGCCAGACCAGAAAUUCUCGAGCGGUCAGAAUCCUACCUAGAUAAUUACCUUUUUACCGUUGCGGAUACAUCAGAAGUUGUUGAGCAAACGAGUUGUCAAAAACAUCAUUUUUGCUAUCCUGUGCGAGAUUGUGAAGGUGUAGCCGUCGGCAUCGUGGACCUGCACAUGAAGGAAAACAAGUUGACCGCUGAGGAGACUGAGAAAGUGAUCACAAUGAUGGCAAUACUAAGCACAGUUUACGGCUCACAGAACCGUAAAGUUGGAACUGAGGUUUAUCAGAGGGAACCGGAAGAAGUAGAUGUGGAUUUCGGCGGUGACACUGCGCUCUCUCCUUCCAGCUUUUUCAAGCAGGUUGCAGCGGUUGAGCUGUACGAACUGGUUCGAAAACUGACACCGGAGGUUUACAACCAAAUUCACAGCUGCGCGAGUAGUUCUCAGGUCGUUUCGGACAUAAUCGCAAUGGUAGCAGAAGUCCUCAAUCCGCAGUCGACAGACUCCGAGGGAAGUGCAGACACCGUUGACGACCAGUGCCGUUCCAUCGAAAAGUUGCUGCCAAGUUUCAAUGUGGCAUCUGCUUCAAACGAAAGGCAUGUGACGAUGCUCCGCCGGUUUUUUGAAAACGGAUCGGAGAGGGCCAUUAUGCACUCGUCGAAAUCACUAACCCCAGCAGAACAGCGAUACGCACAGAUAGAGAAAGAAGCGUUGGCCUUAGUGUUCGCGGUUCGGCGUUUCCACAAAAUGUUGUAUGGCCGCCGUUUCACCCUACUUACCGAUCAUAAACGAUUGCUCUCCAUUUUCGGCUCAAGGAAAGGUGUUCCCGUACACUCUGCCAACCGCCUGCAAAGAUGGGCCCUGAUUAUGCUGGGUUAUGACUUCGAUAUUCAAUAUCGACGCACCACCGACUUCGGUCAGGCCGAUGCAUUAUCUCGGCUGAUCAACAACCACCCAACACCCGAAGAAGACACGGUUAUUGCGCAUGUUGCAUUUGAGGACCCAGCCGACCCACAGUUGGUCCAGUCCGUUCGUGCCCUGCCCGUGACAGUAACAGAGGUUCAAAGAGCUACCACAGCUGAUGGAACGCUUCACUUACUAACCAGCAGCACAAGCCAUCCCGCCACAAAGGUGAAAUACGAAAUUCCUUAUCCCAUUCAACUACUCUACCAAUGGUUGAGGUGCUACAUUUCACUGCUGGAGGUGAUAGGUUCAGGUGACCAAACCUAGUUCGGACAUUUGCACACGGAUCGAUGUAAUCAUCCAUCUUCGCCUUUUUAUUGUACACCAUUCGUCCAAUUCGUUGGCAGCAAUAAGAAGAAGCAAUCGUUUGAAAAAAUCAGAUUGUAUUGACUAAAAAAUGCAUUCAAGCAAAUUUCCGAUAACAGUAACGGGAGUGGUAGUAAGACGGCGAAAUGCUGAGCAAAUCAUGAAAUAUAAGAGAAGUUCGAAAGAAAAUUUCAUUCGUCGCAAAAUUGGUUUGCACUGGGUUUAGAAUCAUGUAAAAAGUCAAGUCUCGGUUAAAAUAUGUACAGCUGAGUAAUAAUGAGGAUAAUAGAUCUAUGGAACAUGCAAUGAUUCGGCACACCGGAAUCUUCCGCGCUUGGCCUAUGAUCGUUCCCAGGCGUGAACCGGCAGGCCGAAUCCGGGGUAGGUUAGGUGGGUACGGGGCGCAGCCGGCACCCCAAGACAAUCGCUACGUCAAUCCGAUGGCGGAUGCUAUUGCCACGAUGAGAAACACGCCCAGAAUAAUGAGUAUGAUAAUGCAGAUCAACUUGCGCUGUAAAACAAAGCAAAAUAAGCAUGACCUUAGAAGUUGGCAAUGGCGGACAACUUCUGGA